AUGAGUCUGGUAUUCAAGAGGAUCCAAGCGAUCCAAGACUCCCUUUCGGAUGACGUUCUCCUGCCCCUCAAGAGCUACAAGUAUUCGAGCGUCGACAAGUCUUUCAUCUCCCGUUUUGCAUUUGGCAUGUGGAUGUACUCCACCUUAGACAACGUUGAUGGAAAACAGGCUCGGAGAACCGGGACGUCGAGCGGGCUGGGUGAACUGUUUGACCUGCUGGAAACUGCAGCAAUGGGUUUUGGAUCUACUCAACUCGGAGCUUACACCGCAUUGGUGCCGUGUCUUGCGAUGUAUUUCUCCACGUGGGAGACAUAUCAUACGCAUACACUUUACCUCGGCUAUAUCAAUGGCCCUACCGAAGGUCUUCUGGUUGCAAUCGGUAUUAUGAUCGCCUCUGGAAUUUAUGGCCCCCAGAUCUGGUCCCGGCCGAUUGUCGAAUUCCUGAACUAUCCGCAGAUAUUCGGCAACAACUCGGUGAAGGACCUGUGGAUUCCGUUCCUCCUUUUGUCCUUCUUCAUCGGCCACCUUCCGGGAUGCGUUCUCAACGUUAUCGAAGCGCGGAGAAAACAAAACCUCCCGGUCCUGCCUAUUUUCAAGGAGUGGGUGCCGAUGAUCGUGUUCACCGCCAGUAACAUUGCCUGGCUGUUCUCGCCCUAUUCGACCAUUCUAGCCGAAGGCAGACUCGUCCUGUACUGCUGGGCGAUCACGUUUGUGUUCGGACGCAUGACCACCAAGAUCAUUCUGGCGCAUCUGUUAAGACAGCCAUUCCCCUACUGGACUGUUUUGCAGACCCCUCUCAUCGGCGGCGCCAUCCUGGCCAACCUGCCCCGAUUCGGACUGCCGAUGGUCAGCGGGUGGUUUGAAGUCUUGUACCUCCGCGCCUACCUCCUGUUCGCGUUUGUGGCUUAUAUGCAUUGGGCGUUCUUGGUGAUUAACCGGAUUACCACCUUUUUGGGAAUCAACUGCUUGACCAUCCGUCGCGACAAGUCCGUCGCCAGAGACCAAGCUUACCUCAACUUCGGCGAGCGGACGGAGUCUCCUUCAGGUGAUCCCACCAAACGUGGCCUGAAAAGUCACUAG